AAAAAAAAUGAUAUUUGAAUCAAGUUUAUCUAACAAAGCUAUUCCUCAUAUUAGUACCUAUAGCCUUUUAUUUGAAAAUAAUCUUGGCUAUGAACGAAGCCGUGUCUGUUACACUAACGCAGAAGAACAGAAUGAGACUUUAACCUUUGGUGAAAUUCAUGAUAUAACUUUAAAAUUUGGUGCAGGAUUAAAACGUUUGAUUCCUGAUUUUCAACAAGGAGACGUUGUUGCGUUUAUUACAAAAACCGAAUUAACUUAUCUUGCAGCUGUUCAUGGCCCAGUUGCUAUAGGCGGUGUUUCGGCGUCUAUUGAUGCUACAUUUGAUGUAAAUAAAAUGAUACAUUGUUUACAACUCAUAAAUCCAAGAGUAUUAAUUGUAAGCCCUGAUACCAUUGAAAAAGCUUUAGAAGCUACUUCUUUAAUGAAUAUGCCCAAGGAAAAAAUAUUUGUGUUUGGUGAUCAAGAUAUAAAUGAUUGUAGAUCCUUUAAUAAAGCGUUUCUUGAUCAUGAUCAAUUCGCAACUCCCAUUGUCUAUACACCCGAGGAACUCAGUCGUGUUCCAUGCUUUUAUUGUUUUACUUCAGGUACUACUGGCAAACCAAAAGCAGUGAUCAUAACCCACAGGAUGAUUGUAGCUACUACACUUGGAAUGGAAUUAAACGAUCUUACUUCUUCCACCCACUUUUUAUCUAUGAGUGCUCCUCAUCAUGUAUCUAUCAUUUAUGUCCUUAUGCAUAUGCAUCUUUAUUUUGGCUUUCAUACUUAUGUGCUUAAACAGGAGGAGACAACUGAAAAGAUAUUCAAAACGAUCCAAGAUUGUAACAUUCAUAUCUUGUUUGUUCCACCACGAAUUAUAGCUACUAUGGCAAAAGAGUCAACUCUCUAUAAUAUUUCUUCACUUAAGGUUAUUACAUGUGGUGGAAGUGUGAUGAAUAAAGAUGUAGCCUUAAUGAUUUAUCAACGAUUUAAAAUUCCUGUUGUUAACUUUUAUGGUAUGACGGAAGUUAUGGGACCCUUUAAAAAUGGCUUUGAUUAUACGAUAGCCGGUCAAAUAGGUGUUCUUAAACCAGGUUUCUCAUGUAAAUUAAUUGAUAAAGAAGGAAAAAUGGUUGGAUUUGAUACUCCUGGAGAACUUUGUAUUAAAGGACCCUCACUUACACAAGGAUAUUAUAAUAAUCAAGAAAUAUUUAAUCAAUUGAUCCAUAAAGAUGGUUUCUUUCAGACAGGUGAUCUCUUUCAAUGCAGUCAAGAUGGAAUAUUUUCUUUUAUUAAUCGUGCAACUGAUAUUAUUAAAUAUAAAUCAAAUUUUAUCAAUCCUCAAGAUAUUGAAAAUGUUUUGAUGAAACAUCCCUUAGUGAUUGACUGUGCUGUAGUCUCUUCAUUCUCUGAAGAAGAAACAGUCUAUGUCCCUCGUGCUUUUGCUUUACUUUUAAACAAUGACAAUCAUACAGAGGUUAAAAAAGAGAUGCUUGAAAUGGUGAAAAUCCAACUUCCUGAUGUUAUGCAGCUUCGAGGAGGCUUAUAUAUAGCAAAAACUUUACCAAGAACAUCAACAGGCAAAGUAGAACGUAGAGUAUUACGUUUAACUACCAUUGAAAACUGGAUCCUUAAUUGAAGUUUUAUAUAUAUGUGUAUACAUAUAAAAAAAAAAAGGGGAAUAAUAUAUUUGUAGCCAAAAAAAAAAGAAAAGAAAAAAAAAAAAGAGGGGGAAAUCAUGUUAUUACAUUAUUCUUCAUUGUCAGAAGGAUAACCAUCG